UUAACACAAUCGCUGUCAUUCUCGCACAAUUUGUUUGUACUGAAAAUUCGACGGUGUGAUAAAAAAUAAUAAUUUCUUUAUUUACCGAAUGCUAUUUGUGUUGAAAGUAUUCGUAUUCAUUAAUCAGCGCACAUUUUAUUGUUACGAAUCAAUUAAAAUGCACUCGAAUACAAGCAUUGAAUGACGCAUCAAAGAACUAUAAAUAGAUCGUCGAGACUAGACAGUUUUAGUGAGGUUAUAUUUUUAUUUGUUUGAUAGAACACAAUAAUACCACAAAAUAAUAUCGAAAAUGGAUCACUUGAAUUCGUUGAGUGACCAAGAACUGAGACAGAGAUUGCUACAGUAUGGACUUAAUUUACCGAUCACCCACUCAACGCGCAGUACGUUGAUCAAAAAACUUCGCAUGCAUAUGGAUAAUGAACAAAAAAAACUCAAACAGGCAACAUCAUUGGUGACAAGAUAUUCGUCGGAUGAAGACAAUUCAGAUAAGGAAACACGACGGCAACAUCGUACAACAAUGCCGCCACCGAAAACUAACAGAAAACUAACAAGUGCACCGACAAAAACAAACAUUUCGCCGCGAAGUCAGUCCGUCUAUGUGUCACCUGUUGUACGGCAUUAUACGGACAGUGAAGAUGACAGUGGGGCCAGUGCAACAAACAGUUUAAAUAAGACAUUCUCGAAUGCACAGAUCAGUAAUAAGAACAACCGAAGUUAUAUUCGUGGACGAACGUCACAAAAUUUCAUCAGCGGCUACGACAGGUCCAGCACGUCCAGCAAUACAAGUUUAUCGAAAUCGCGCGAACACUUAGCAACUUCUAAUGGUCAUAGCGAUGACUUGUUUUCGGAUUAUUCACAUGGACUUUCGACGCAUUACCCACGAUCCACUCUAUCCACAUCUUCACUAUCGCCGCGUCGUUUAACUCAAACAAUCAAUGCAUCACCAAUUCGAUCACGACACUUCAACGAAACAUUUGCUUCCGGACCCAGUGAAUCCAAUAUUGUUCAUCAGGCUGACCGUCAACCAGUUCGAACUUCCGUUUCGAUCGGAACGGCAUUGUCCAGUUUCUUCACAAAAUUGAAUGAACAAUUCAGCAUCAUCCUGGGACUGUUUGUCGUAUUUUUUGCUGUCGUCGCAAUCAUUUACAUUUCAAUCAGUCCAGAUUUGGCGAGCACGGUGAACGUACAAGAAGCUGUUUACAAUUUGUGUUCGAACGAUCAUCUGGAUUCGAAAGGGGUGAUGUGCAUUCACACCGAUGACAUAAACUCAACAUUGAAUUUAAUCAAAAUGACGGCAACGGAGCUACAGAAACGGAUGGAACUGAACAAGUGCAAAGAUUCGUCGAUUCCAUUCACAAUGAGUGCGAAAGAAGUGGUGAACAAUGCCAUGCAAAAGUCAUCCAAUUAUCCGUUGAUAACGCUAAUCAAUGACCUGCAUAACAUGGAAUAUUUGAUCAAAAUGAAUCCACAGUGGAGCAUCGCAAACUGUGACUCAAACGGCUACAAUUUGAGCUUCGAUGAUGUGGUUGAAUUGCGUCACAAACAAUCCAAUUACUUUGUGAUAUUAAAACCGCGUCUGCCAUUCAUGUGUUCAUUGUACAAUAAAAUGGGGGUCUUUUUCACGAUCAUUGGAUGGAUCGGACUGAUUUCAUCGGUUGUCUAUAGUGUCUACGUCAUUUAUCGAAUGAUUGUGAAUUACAUCCAGUCGAAUAGAGACAAAAAGAAUCUGUUAAUAGCCGAUAUCAUAACGGCUGUAAUGGAGAAAGCCGAAGAUGAUCCAACAAAUCCACUGGUCGUGGUGAACCAUUUGCGUGACAAAUUGCUGUCAGCUCCAGCCCGUUCGAAUUUGGAAUGGGCCUGGGAUCAGGCCAUCGAUUAUUUGGAAAAUCACGAUAGUCGCAUCAAAUUCGAGAUCGGUUGCCGAAACGGUGAAGAUUGCCGGUUAAUGAAAUGGGUGGACACGGCCGCAAGUUCUGGGGGAAAGCGUGCAUUCGCUAAGAAAUGGCAAUGUUCAGCCUACGAUAAAUUGAACAAAAUAAAAGAUCCGCCGACGCAGUGUCUGAAGAUUCGUCAAAUGUUCGAGAAGCACGAGGUGAACAAUCCCAACUUGAAGCAGAUCGUUACGGAUGCCCUGUUGGAAAAGGCUGAAAACAAAUGCAAAAUACACGACAUUGAACUGGACUUGAAUACGUGUUGUGUGUACGUCCGAUGUGCUACACCCGCCGAUGCAGGCAUGGUACACGACCUCGUCAACGGAUGGUGGUUCGACGGUCGUUUGGUAUCGAUUAAAUUUUUGCGCAUUGAACGAUACUUGAGUCGGUUUCCGCAUUCAACGGGAGUGGCCCUGCUGCAGCCAUCAAACACGAAUAACUUAUCAAUGUCCUAUUGCGUAGAAGAAAGUGGUCGUGCUCGUCCUCAAGGGUCUGCCGAUGAUGACUAGUGAUUAGUUAGUUGUAACUUUAGGCAUUUUUUUUUUGUUGUUGUUUUAAACUAACGUUCAGUUAUCAUGAGAAAAAAUUACAUUUCUGUUGUCAUUGGACAAAUUAUUUUUGAGGAAAAGAAAGGCUUUUGUCGCAACAUUUUAUUGAACGACAAGGAGCUAAUUGAUCUAAUUGUAAAUGUGCUAUCGAAGCAGCAACAGUCGGGGAACGGAACCGAUAAAAUCAGACUUUUUCUUUACUUUAAUUCAUCUUUUUUUUUUCUUGAGGUUUUGAAUUGUUAAUUAGCGUUUAGAGUAACAAAACUUUGAAGUUGAUUUUGAGAAACAUAUGUACUGACAAUUUCGAGAUUCAUCUCAAUAUUAUGUCAUUUCUAACUGUUAAAGCCUUAGAUAAAUAAUGUUUUACAUGAA